CAUAUCGCCAGAGCUAUUCCAACAGCCAUCAUCACCUUACCGAACCUUGAAGUUCAGGUCUUGAUUGGCAACUAGCCUUACUUUGCGCCAUCUCAAUCCCGGUCUCCCCACCGCAAACCAACCGUCAAGAUGUCUUUCCAGAAGCCCGAGAAGGAUUUCGGCGAGGGCCCUAAGGUCCACAAGAUCCGUAUCACCCUUACCUCUCGCAAGGUCGCCUCCCUCGAGAAGGUUUGCUCUGAGCUGAUCGACCGUGCCCGCUCCAAGUCCCUCCACGUCAAGGGUCCCGUCCGUCUUCCCACCAAGACCCUUCACAUCUCCACCCGUAAGACCCCCAACGGUGAGGGUUCUAAGACCUGGGACAAGUACGAGAUGCGCAUCCACAAGCGUCUCAUCGACCUCCUCGCCCCCACUGAGACUGUUAAGCAGAUCAUCAUCAACAUCGAGGCUGGUGUUGAGGUUGAGGUCACCAUUGCCGCUUAAAUUUACCCUAAAAUGUUCUAGUUCAGUUCAGGGAGGGAGUGAUAUCCGCUCUUGACUGGGGUGGGCGAGUUUGGUGCAUGCUGGGCUUUCGUCGAUACCCGCUAGAAUCUGGCAUAAAAAUGGAAAAGUUUGUGGAAAAGUA